AUUACAUUGGCAAAAUAUCUCUACUCGUUAUCAGAUGCUCUUUCGGUGGUGACUGGACUGGCACGUAGUUUCGCUUCAUCUUACACGAAAAACUCUGUGCACCUACUGAGAGCCUUGUCCUCUUCUGCCCCUUCUUCAUUUCACCAGCAACCAAACUCUGUUCCUGCUCUUUCCACCCGUUCAUACACAUACCUGUGUUCCUGCUUUUGCCACUUUACCUUUUCUUCUUCUCCAUUUCUUGGUAGUUUCGUUUCAUCUUACACUCCUUUGACUUCACGCUGACGUUGAUCGAAGCUCCCAGGAAACUGUGAUCAAGCAGUGUACCUAUUUUUGAGCUGUGCUUCUUUUCUGUUCCUCUUCCUCUUCCGCUCCUUCUUCAUUCCAUCAGCGAGGUGAGCGUGAAAUCAAACAAAAAGCUAGAUUCAAUGGCCAUCCAAUUGAGUGCUUCUUCCUCAUUCUCUUCUGUUCCUUUCUCCACCCGUUCAUACACAUACGAUGUGUUUCUGAGUUUCAGAGGCGAGGAUACACGCUACAAUUUUACAGGUCAUUUGCACAGAAAUUUGGUUCAAAGGGGGAUCAACACUUUCAUAGAUGAUGAUGAUCUUCCAAGAGGAGAGGAAAUAUCAGAAGCACUUCUCCGAGCCAUUGAAGGAUCAAAGCUCUCUCUCAUUGUGUUCUCUGAAAACUACGCAUCCUCAAAGUGGUGUUUGGAUGAACUGGUUCAUAUCCUUGGAUGUAGAAGAUCAAAGAAACAAAUGGUUUGGCCAAUCUUUUACAAAGUGGAUCCCUCUGACGUAAGACACCAAAGAGGCACAUUUAGUAAGGCACUUGCAGAGCAUGAGCACCGAUUUGAAGAUGACAAGAACAAGGUGUUAAGAUGGAGAGAAGCUCUUUCAGAAGCAGCAAAUUUAUCUGGGUGGCAUUUCCCGGGCGGGCAUGAAUAUGAAUCUAAAUUUAUUCAUAGAAUCAUUAAAGAGAUUUCUGCACAAGUAAUAAAACAUACCCCUUUGAAUGUGGCAAAGUUUCCAGUCGGGAUAGAAUCUCGUGUACAAGACAUGCUUGAACUCUUAGAUGUUGGGGGAAGUGAUAUACGCAUGGUAGGGAUAUGGGGAAGUGGUGGAAUAGGGAAGACAACAAUUGCUAAAGCUGUUUACAAUACAAUUGUCCAUGAGUUUGAAGAUAGUUGCUUUUUGGCAAAUGUUAGAGAACGUUCCGUGACACAUGAAGGUCUAGUGAACCUACAAAACAUUAUUCUUUCAAAGAUUCUAGGGGACAAAGAACUGAAAGUAAUCAAUGUUGAUGAAGGAAUCAAUUUGUUGCGUGAAAGGUUGAGAAAUAGAAGGAUUCUGUUAAUUCUUGAUGAUGUGAAUAAAUCGGACCAGUUAGACGCAUUAGCCGGAGCACCUGAUUGGUUUGGUCGUGGCAGUAGAGUUAUAAUAACAACAAGAGAUAAGCGUUUGUUUGUUCACGAUGUCAAUCCUAUAUACAAAGCCAGGGAACUAGAUCAUCACGAGGGUUGUGAGCUCUUUAGUUCAAUUGCCUUCAAGAAUAAGAGAAUUUUAGAUGACAAUGAGCAGCACUUAGUUAGCACUAUUGUUAGAUAUGCUCAAGGCCUUCCAUUGGCCUUGGUAGUUUUGGGUUCACAUCUAUGUGGUAGACCGGUACAUAAAUGGCAAGCUAUGCUAGAUGGUUUUAGAAGAAAUCUUCCUGAAGGCAUUCAAGAUAUUCUCAAAGUCAGUUAUGAUGGACUGGAAAAAAUAGUGAAAGAAGUUUUCCUUGACAUUGCUUGUUUCUUCAUAGGUUGGAAGACAAAUGAUGUGAUACAGAUACUAGAUGGUUGUGAGCGCAACAACCCCACAAAUAGUAUUGAAGUUCUUGAAGAAAAGGCUCUCAUAUAUGUUGAUUGUUAUGGUAAGAUUUGCAUGCAUGAUUUGCUAGAAGAGAUGGGAAAAGAUAUAGUUCAGCAAGAGUCUACAGAGCCCGGUGAGCGAAGCAGAUUGUGGCAUCACAAGGAUGUGCAGGAGGUUCUAACAGAAAACACGGGAACAAGUAAAACUGAAGGUAUAGUGAUAAAAAUGCCUACAGCAGAUGAGAUAUGCUUGAAUCCUAAAUGCUUCAAAAAGAUGAAACGUCUUAAAAUUUUCAUAAGCAUCAAUGGACGGUUUUGUGGAAAGGUUGAUUAUUAUCCAAAUCAGUUGCGGUUACUUGAAUGGCGUGACUGUCCGUUAAAAUUUUUCCCCCGCAAUUUUAAUAUGAAGAAUCUAAUUCAACUUAAUAUGCCUCGCAGCUGCAUCUCACGUUUCGAGAGUAUGGAAAAUCUGAAAUCCUUAAAUUUGAGUGGAUGUAAAUUCCUAGCACAAAGCCCAGACUUGUCUGGAAGCCCAAACUUAGAGUUCCUGGAUCUAAGCUAUUGUAAAAGUUUAAAGAAGGUUCACCCUUCGGUUGGAUCCCUCAAAAAGCUUGUUGGCCUGAAUCUUGAAAGAUGCUCUAACCUUGUGAGGCUACCAGGAGAAGUCAACUGGAGAUCCCUCCGAUCCAUUAAUCUCGACUACUGCACAAGGCUGGAGAGUUUCCCUGAAAUUGAGGGAGAGAUGAAAUACAUGACACGCUUGGGGCUAUCCAACAAUGCCAUCAAAGCAUUGCCUUCAUCCAUUGGAUAUCUAAUUAACCUUAGAUCGUUGGUGUUAGAUAAUUGUGGAAACCUCACAGAUCUACCUUGCAGCAUUUAUGAACUGCAGAAGUUAGAGUGGGUUUCAUUCUCCGAUUGCCCAAAACUGGUAAGAUUCCCAAAUAAGGUGGAGUCUGAAGUGCUUCCAACUUACUCAAAGGUUUCACAUGACAACCGUGACUCUUUAUCGAAAACAAAGAGAUGGAGUGAUGAAGGCAGUUCAUUGGAGCCAGAGCCAAACACUGAAUUCAAUUCGGUGCUUCCUUGGCUAUCUUACUUCGGCGCGGAUCGAUGCAAUUUGUCUAAUAUUGAUUUCCUCGCGUCCCUUGAUUGUGCAUCCACUCUAGAUCACCUUGAUUUAUCAGGAAGCCCCAUUGUUAUUCUUCCCGAAUGCAUCAUCAACAAAUUUGUCAACUUGUGGGAACUCAAUUUGAUCGGCUGCACGAGGCUUGUAGAAAUUCCAGAGCUUCCACCAAGUAUUAAAAUGUUGAAUGUGACGGGUUGCGUAUCAUUGGAGAGAAUUUCCAAGUUGUCAAACAUUUUGGAGCGUAAAGAGUCCCAAAAAAUGAUUGAGAAGAUGGACUUGACUAAUUGCCGGAGACUCUGUCAAAAUUUGGUUGAGAUGGCAAACAAGGAUGGUGAUGAUGAAGUGCACGCUGAUCUCAUCUCUCGACUCCUAUCUUCUCAGCAAUCCGAAUUCACAAUUACAUUUCCAGUUCCAAGAAGCGAGGUUCCAAAGUGGUUCAGCGGUCAAAUGGAUUUCAUGGGGCAUCUACUGUUUGAAUUUUAUAUCGAAACACUUGCAAAUUUCAAAUGGGACAACGCAGGAUUGGCUGUCUGUGUGGCUGUUGAUCAAAAGCUGCAAGAUCCUUGGACUGGUUUCAUGUUCUAUAUUCACAUCAAUGAAGUAUGUGUUUCAAUUCCCCACUCUCAAGUUGUUCAUUCAGAAGAGUCGGAUCAUGUGUGGCUGCACUAUGUUCCCUUACUUGAAAUGUGGCGAUUUGGUUAUAUGCUUCCAUUGCCCCCCUUUACGUGUCAAGUCAUUAUUUAUCAACAAGAGCACCCUCGUCCCCCCAUAAAAAGCUGUGGUGUCCACCUUGUAAUGCCACCCAAUGAAGACGUUUGUAUGAAGCUAAUCCGUGCAGAGAACCUCUCUAGUGAACCUCUCUAGUGAUGAACUUAAAAAGGACUUCUGGGACAAUUAUCGUCCCAAACAGAGGACUGACUGUAAAGAAUUAUUUACUGAUGCAUAACUGGAGAACGAAAAGCUGUAAUUACUGAUGCAGCAUGGCAUUGUCUAUGGACCAGUGUGACGAAUACAGGUGCUAAUGCAGUUGAGUUCCUCUGAACCAUGCUGAAGUUUCAAUAGCUUUUGUUCAAGAGAACAAAAUCCAUGCAUAAUUGUCAGCUUCACAAAUGUUUCUAGCACUCAAAAGCAGAAGAACGUACGGGGGGUAUCUUGCUUUCCAUGGGAGGAAUUCUUUCAGUUGAGAUUCAAAUUGUGAAGUACCUCCAAAACAUAGGACUGCUGUUGCACAAUAAUGUAUACACGUGGAACAACUGGAGAACCAAAAGGCAUAAUUGUUACUACUGCAGCAUUAAAGUCGAGGACUAAUGGAAACUUAUCAUCCCAAACAGUGGACUGACUGCAAAGUAAUAUAUACUGAUGCACAAUUGUAGAAUGAAAAGCUUUAAUUAGUACUAUUGCAGAAAUGUUGGUAAAGCAUUAUCUAUGGAUCAAUGUGACGAAUAAGGUAUUGAGUAGAGUUUCCUCCGGUGGAACCAUACCCUGUUCCAACAUGCAUAUAACUUAGCCAGCUCAUCAGUUAAAACUUUGCAUUUGCAUUUUCAUUGGCAGGAGUCUUAUGACUACUGAAAGGUUGAAAUAACAAGAAGUUGGGAUAUCUGAAGUAGUGUCUUCCAAAGGACGAAGCACAAGCUUGACUUUAAAAAGCACAUUGUAUGGGCUGUCUAUCCAGAGGUGAUAUUGGAGAAUGGCAGCCUAAUGGAGCAAUGAAAGUUAUAGACAGGAAAAAGAACAUAUUUAAAUCGUCUGAAGGUGAAUAUGUUGCUGUGGAAAGCAUUGAAAGCAAAUACUUGCAAUGCCCCCUUAUCACAUCAAUAUGGGUUUAUGGGAACACCUUCGAGUCAUUUCUUGUUGCUCUGGUUGUUCCUGACAGAAAGGCCUCGGAGGACAGAGCAUCAUUUGACUGAUGACUAUAAUCAUUGUGUCAAAACCUUAAGGCAAGAAAAUACAUUUUGGAUGAGCUCAAUUGCACGGUUUAGACACGCCAUCUUCGAGGGUUUGAGUUGUUAAAAGCAGUUACAUUUGGAAGCUAACCCCUUUGACAUAGAGAGGGAUCUCAUGACUCCAACUUUCAUUGGAUUCUUCAUUUGAAUGACAUGUUGAAUAUUUAUGUAUUUUAUUUGGAUGUGAAAUAGCUAAUUAUCAGUUCUUGGUUGUUGGAUUUAUUAAAACAACAUGAGGCAUCUUUACAGACGGUAAGAAACACAUCCAGUUUACAGUUUUGGUUAAGAAAUCUGUGCUUGUUGAGGACCACAGCAUUUGAAGCAUAUUUGAUACAUUGUGGAGCUUUAAUCCAUUUAUAGGCAUGUUAUUAUUGGUGGUUCAUGUAGUCUGCAAUUGUUGCAUUAGUAGUUAUGCAAGUCCUUUGUUCUGUUGAACAAUAGGCUCUUUCAUAGCUAUGUGUUUUUGUUGCAAACUGACAGAACCUUUUAUCAGAUUUUUCAAGCUAUUGAUUUCCA